AUGUCCGACACAAUAUCUGCCACAAUGUCCGAGGCAAUGUCAGACUCAAUGUCUGACACAACCGCCGCACCAGCACGUGCCGUCGCAACUACAUUUGAAGAAAGGCUAGAACACAUCGAUGAAGACCUAAUGCUCAUGAACAUCCGUCGCCAUGACAACUACAGACGCAUUGAAAAACUCCGAUACGACUACACCGUUUCGCGGAACGGCCUAAUCAUAAAGGGGAUCGACCCGAGCGAGCCUAUCGAGGUGUAUAUGUGUCCGGAAUCCUUCCCAAUAUACGCAAGGCUCUAUCUGCUGAUGGACUUGAAGGAUAAGAUUUUGGAAUUGGAGGAUAGACAGAAAUGUAUGCACGUGAAGUGCUUCGAAAUGAGAAGGGAGAGGGAUCACAUUCUGAACCAGAUCGAAAAGAGGAUCCUCGAUAAUGGGGUUUAUGACUUCAUUGAGAGGGUGGAACCGGAAAGAGCUGGGUCCAGUGGAGCUUAG